AGCGCUCCACAAAUUUGGCAAGCAAACCUCUUUAUAAGGUGACGGCUCAUUGAUUUUUUUCGUAGUUGUAGUCCUGCACACAAUUAGACAAGUCCAAGUCAACAUGUGGUCUCAGAUUGUAGCCCUCUCCCUGCUCGCCGCGGCGCACGCGCACCCGGUCGCCGUAUCCCACACAUCCCGCGUGGACCACCUCGGCCACCAUGUCGGCCAUAUCGGCCAUCUCGGCUACGCAGGCCACCUCGGCCACGCCGGCCAUCUCGGCCAUCUUGGCGGCUGGGGAGGCUGGGGCGGUAACUUGGGCGCUUGGGGAGGUCACCACCUUGGCAUCGCUCAUGGACACCACGGAGGUUGGGACCAUGGCCAUCACGCAUGGGCACAUCCUAAUUACAACUUCGCGUACUCCGUCUCGGACCCGCACACGGGUGACCACAAGUCCCAGCACGAGGUCCGGCACGGGGACCACGUGAAGGGCUCCUACUCGCUGGUGGAGCCCGACGGCAACCUGCGUUCCGUGCACUACUCUGCUGACGACCACCGAGGAUUCAAUGCUCAUGUUCAUCACACGACGGCCCAUCAUCAUUUGCAUCAUUUGCAUCAUCAUCAUUAGACUCAACAACCUACCGAAACUGAUCUCGACCAGAACCUUGGCUCUUAUUUAUUCUUGUGAGGAUGGCACUUCUCUCGGUGCCACAACUACUACAAAUCUCUCGUGAAACUUUCUCUGCAUUUUCCCUCACAUUUGGAACGCCAGCGCUGACGAUUAAAAUCAU